GUGGCUUUAAGUCCUUGAUUAGAAGAGUGCAAGAGCUUUUGGUCCCAACUGGCUGUGCCUAUAGGCUUGUCACUGGGAGAACGCUUCCUGUUAAUUGCACUGCUCAAGUGACGGGACGGCAAGAGGAGGAGAGAGAGAGGGAGUGAGUGAGAGAGGGAGAGAAAGAGAGAGAGGGACAAAUAGAGAGAGAGAAAGAGAGAGACAGAGAGAAACUUUGAUUUAUAGAAGCACUUGCUCAAAUGAUGGUCACUGAGUGCCAAUGGAUUCAGUAGAACUUUCAAUGGCUGAGUGUUUCUCGUUACACUCUGAACAAGAGUAGAAUGAAUGUAUCAAAGGCCCAAGUUAAUAGCGAGGAUAAGUACGCCAAAUGCGGUGCAUGGAGAAUGCAACAGCAUUACAACGUCGAUACGCAUGCGCUCUAUAACCAAAGCAGGCUGCUUUGCAGAAUGUCCAGCAAGGACCACCACAUUGAGUCCAACUGCCCUUCAUAUAUCAAGACGGAACCCUCUAGCCCAGCAUCGCUGACCGACAGCGUCAACCACCACAGCCCCGGCGGCUCAUCGGACGCCAGUGGCAGCUACAGUUCCGCCAUGAACGGCCACCAGAACGGCUUAGACUCGCCAACACUGUACGGCCCGGGAGGCACGCUGGGCCCCAACGGCACCAAUGCUAAGCGCUACGAAGAUUGCUCCAGCACCAUCGGUGAAGAUUCGCAGAUCAAGUGUGAAUACAUGCUCAACUCCAUGCCCAAGCGCCUGUGCCUGGUGUGCGGUGACAUUGCAUCAGGUUACCACUAUGGUGUGGCCUCAUGUGAAGCCUGCAAGGCCUUCUUCAAGAGAACCAUUCAAGGCAAUAUCGAGUACAGCUGUCCUGCCACCAACGAGUGUGAGAUCACCAAGCGCAGACGGAAGUCCUGCCAAGCUUGCCGCUUUAUGAAGUGUCUCACCGUCGGAAUGAUGCGGGAAGGAGUGCGGCUGGACAGAGUGCGUGGCGGCAGACAGAAAUACAAACGUCGGAUAGAUGCAGAGAACAGUCCCUAUCUGAACCCACAGCUGGCUCUGCCACCCAAAAAGCCAUUCCCCUUUGGCUGCCUUGCAGAUAAUAAGAUCGUGUCACACUUGCUGGUGGCCGAGCCUGAGAAGAUCUAUGCCAUGCCGGACCCAACUGUUCCUGACAGCGACAUCAAGGCUUUGACCACGCUGUGUGACCUGGCAGACCGAGAACUGGUGGUCAAUAUCGGCUGGGCCAAGCACAUCCCAGGCUUCUCCACGCUGUCACUGGCUGAUCAGAUGAGUCUGCUGCAGAGUGCAUGGAUGGAGAUCCUGAUCCUGCGUGUGGUCUACCGGUCACUGUCAUUUGAGGACAAGCUGGUAUACGCUGAGGACUACAUCAUGGACGAGGACCAGUCCAAGCUGGCCGGCCUGCUGGACCUGAACAAUGCCAUCCUGCAACUGGUGAAGAAAUACAAGACCAUGAAGCUGGAGAAAGAGGAGUUUGUGACUUUGAAGGCUAUAGCGCUUGCAAAUUCAGACUCCAUGCACAUAGAGGAUGUGGAGGCGGUGCAGAAGUUGCAGGAUGUGCUGCACGAGGCGCUGCAGGACUACGAGAGCAGCCAGCACGCUGAGGACCCGCGCCGUGCCGGAAAGCUGCUUAUGACGCUGCCGCUGCUGCGCCAGACGUCCACUAAAGCCGUGCAGCACUUCUACAGCAUCAAACAGGACGGCAAGGUGCCCAUGCACAAACUCUUCCUGGAGCUGCUCGAGGCUAAGGUCUAGCUCGGUCACCGUCGCCUAGAGCGGUUCUGUCAUGACGGAGCGGCCUGGGCCUACACACUACUAGCGCUCUCACUACACUACACUGGGCAGGCGAUGACUGAUAUACCGUGAAACUUUUCUCAACAACGGUAUCUAAUAACAACAACUUAACAAAACCUUAACGAUAAUCCAAACUCUUGACAUUAUGCUAGAUGCAUAAAAGAAACAAAUAACGUGGCUGUUGAGGAAAAACUAAAAAUCAUCUUGGAUAGGACAAGACUUCUGAAAAAAGAAAAAAGACUAUUUAGCAGCAGGACUUUGUUCGAACCAGCUUUUGACUUCUUCUUCUUCUUCUUCUUCUUCUUCUUCUUCUUCUCUGAAAACCAGUGCAGUUUUUCGAGCUUUCGAAAGAACAUUUUGUUGAUUUUCACCUAAAAAAAUAAAAAGGAACCUGGAUCUAAGAAUGACAAAACCCUGCCAAAGGAAGGAGUUCCACUGAGUGGGAUGCCAAUGAAACUGUAACGUCCCGAACCCACGUCCGAUAGUCCCUCUUUCACACGGCCACGACCUGACAGCAGGCAGUAGUGUUACCACCUGACCUCACACGAGCAGUUUAACAGCGCAUUCGCCAAACAGAGAUUUUGUUUGUUUGUUGGUUGGUUGGUUUAUUUCUGGCUUCUUCUUCUUUUUUUCUUUUUUUUCUAAAGAAGCUGCUCCUAAUAUUUUAACAUUUACACCACAAGCAGUCACCCGGGGCUUGAUUCCCUUUUUCUUUCCUUUCGAGUCUUCCAAACAACUUGUAAUGAUUUCACCAUUUCUCUUUUCAGGGAAUAUUCCUGAGCAUUAGUCUCUCAUGCAAUACAAAACAGAGGUACUGUAGUGGACAGCCUAAUUUAUUUAUUGAUAUUUUACUGUGCUUUAUCUCAGUGCGUUUAUACUGAAGGGUGUAAAUAUAGUAUGUAGUAUAUGGACGUCAUACUUGCAUUUGAUCACAUGUUGAUCAUUUUUAUUUUUAUUUUUUUCUACCAACUCUAACACUUUUCGGUAGCUGUUACGAGUCGGGAGAGAAUGCUUGCUAUCUUCUCUAAGCAAUAGAGGUUUUAAAAAGGAGUGUAAAUUUAUGCAAUUUCUGUUCAUGCCCGAGAUUCCUUGCAGCUUUAACUUUCCUUUCUGUGGUUGAUACAGUAUGAUAUCUGACCGAUACGGUGGCCGAAAGGACCAUGAACAUUAACUCAACACAACAAUAUCUGCAUUUAAGAUUACCACCAAGCUUACUUUUACUGAUAUAAUUUUUUUUUUUAAA